UGUGUGUGUGUUUUCUCCCUGUAGGAGGAGGAGGCGGAGGCGGAGGUUCUGCAGCAGCAGCGGAGGGGAUGCUUAUGGCUGGCGGAGUGCGGCUAGCACUGGAGAAAAAUCACCCCUGUCAUGUAAAAACUCACCUCCGCCGAUAAGCCAUGGACUCCCUGGGCGUUCUCGUGUGGCUUUUAUUAGGCUGUGGCCAUAUCCAGGCUGUAGGCGACUCCACACACAGAUCUGUGUCUCAUAGAAGUGUGGUCACCAUCCUGUCCCGGUCACACGCAGACCGGAACGUCUACCCUUCAGCUGGAGUGCUGUUCGUCCAUGUGCUGGAGAGAGAAUACUUUAAAGGAGAAUUUCCUCCUUAUCCAAAGCCAGGAGACACCAGCAAUGACCCCAUCACUUUCAAUACCAACCUGAAAGGCUAUCCAGACAGGCCGGGAUGGCUGCGCUACAUCCAGAGAACUCCACACAGUGAUGGAGUCCUAUAUGGAUCCCCCACUGCAGAACAUGUGGGCAAGCCCACCAUUAUUGAGAUUACUGCCUAUAACCGACGCACCUUCGAAACUGCCAGGCACAACUUGGUCAUAAACAUUAUGGGCACAGAAGAGUUCCCCCUGCCCUACCAGGCAGAGUUCUACAUCAAAAACAUGAAUGUGGAGGAGAUGUUAGCCAGUGAGGUGCUGGGAGAUUUCCUGGGCGCUGUGAAGAAUGUAUGGCAGCCUGAGAGGCUCAAUGCCAUCAACAUCACUUCAGCACUGGACCGGGGCGGCCGCGUACCCCUGCCCAUCAACAACUUGAAGGAGGGUGUAUAUGUGAUGGUGGGAGCGGACGUGCAGUUCUCAUCCUGCCUGCGAGAAGUGGAGACCCCUCAGAACCAGCUGCGCUGCAGUCAGGAGAUGGAGCCUGUCAUCAGCUGUGAUAAGAAGUUCAGAGCCCAGUUCCACAUUGACUGGUGCAAGAUCUCGCUGGUGGACAUCACAAAGGUUAUCCCUGUGCACAACAGCCGCCCAGACCCUGGCACAGGAGUGCUGCCAGACAUCGGAGAGUACAAUCCGCCCUCAGAGUCGCUGAAAAGUAGGGACUAUUUUGCUGACUUCCUCGUCACGUUGGCUGUGCCCUCUGCCGUCGCCCUGGUCCUAUUCAUCAUCCUGGGCUAUUCUAUGUGCUGCCGCCGGGAAGGGGUGGAAAAAAGAAACAUGCAAACAUCAGACAUUCAGCUGGUGCACCACAGCUCGAUUCAGAAGUCCACAAAGGAGCUGCGCAGCAUGUCGAAGAACAGGGAGAUCUCUUGGCCUCUCUCUACGCUGCCUGUCUUCAACCCUGUGAGUGGAGAGGUGGUGCCGCCUAUUCACUCGGACAACUAUGAGACCACCAGCAUGCCGCUCAUGCAGACCCAGACAAAUCUUCAAAAUCAAAUCCAGAUACCACAGCAACAGCCUUCAGGAGGUAAUUACUGUAUGUCAACGUUUCGAAGGCUGGAGGUAAAUGGUAUUCCUGAAGAGAGGAAAGUGGCUGAAGCACUAAACCUGUGAUGAGACCCUCACUCUUAGCUUUCUGCACCCACGUCAGUUUGUGUUUUGUGCAUGUGCACUUGUGUCAGAGCGCAGUACUGAUGUAUUCAAUCCAGAAUCUGAUGCCAUUGUAAUGAUUGGUAAGAGUAUUUUUACAUAUUUUAUCAAGAGUUGUUUUUAUUAAUUGGAGGUACACUACAAUAAUACCCCGAUACAAUAACACUAAAAAGUCUAUAUUGCUAGAAUAAUUCCCAGUGUUACUAAUGUAUGUAUCACCACUGUCGUGCACAAAUCUUAAACAACCAUCAAUUUAAAUCUCCUGCUAUUUCACACAAUAAUUUGCAGGACUGUUGUUGAUGUUAGUGUUCAACUUGUCAAACACUAAAACCUUUUUCUUUUGUAUUUUACAUUAGUAAAGAUGUUUUUGAUAAUAAAAAAUAAUAAAAUUAAUAAUUGUAAAAUUC